AGGACGAGCUCUGCCAUGGGUCGCUUAGAUGACCAUGCCAAGAAACGGAUUGUGGAGCUGCGUAAAGCUGGUUUGAGUUUCCGCAAGAUCAAAAAGGUCUUGGAGCUGGACAAUAUCCGGGUCACCCCACAAGCCAUCUACCUGUUCCUCAAGCGCAAGAAUGUCGAGCCCAGCCUGUCUGCACCUGUCUCUCAUCCACCACCAGCUCUCGAGAAGGCAAGCCGGGAGACUCUCGUGGACCAAGCUGGCUGGGGGGAUGACCAGUUCUGGAAGCUCCUCCAGGAAAAUGAGACUGAGCCCCACAAGCAGAGAGAGUCCGCUGGCUCUGAGGUUGGAGUUGGCCCGAACUAUGAGAUGCCACCUCAUAACAGCAACUCUGGUGGCGAUGAAGGCAUCAAAAUCGUCAGCGUGACUUCCUUGAGCAAGGAGGGAGGGCCAUUUGGAAAACAGAAUGACUCCCAUGAGGGCUUCUCCGUGGAGUCACAGCUAGACCCGAGUACUGGUGACCACUGCCCCGGGCCAAAGCCCUCCGCAUCCGCCAACUGCUCAAUGCUGUUUGUGCCUCCAGUCCCUCAGCAUAAUCUGAACGGCAAGGGGAAGGCAUUUCUGCCUCCUGCACGGAAUCCUGCCUUGAUUGUGAAGAGGAAGAUCGUAGGCCGGGCUAUCCACCUCCAGAAAAAGGCAAAUGUUCAGAACGGGCAGAAUCCAUCUGGUCCUCCUCCCAGCUUGCCUGUCAUGCCGAGGGUUCAACCAAGCGGUCACUCUUCCCGGGGGAUGACUCCUGCCCUGGCUGCGUCUUCUGGCUGCUGUGCGCAUACUAAAGAUGCCAGUACUCAGACUUCUAUCCUUAACCUCACCUGCUCUACAAUCCAUCAGAACGCUCAGUGGGGAGGUCAGAUGGCUGCCUCCUUGGUUCCCCCUGCUAGCCCUCAGCCGCUUGCAGAGAAACUGGAUACAGUGCACGCUGAGGUCCAGAAGCUUGCUCAAGCUGUGCAUCUGGUGUUGGAGCGCCAGGGCCGGCUGGAGCGCCAACAGGAACAGCAGCAGCGCUUGCAGCAGGAGCUCCUUGUGACACUGCAGCAGUUGAGCUCCACUGUCGGCCACAACGCGGUACCUGCCAGUGCCCCCUGUACCCCUUACAGCAACAUGGCAGACCCCUCACCGCCUUUGCCAAGUUUCAGCCAGUUCAAGAUGGAACUUAUCUGACCAAGGAGUAGGGGAGUGGCAGUGGGGAUAAUGAUUAAGCUGUUUUAGUGGUCCACAGCUGCUUACUAGGUGGAGUGAUCUUCCUCCUGCUGGCACCUGUGCCCAAGCUGCUGCCUGCCUGCGCUGGAUGCUGAAACAACCUCCAGGAAUCUGAGUCCCUGCUACACCAGAAUAACUUAACCUGCAGCCUUUGCUGACUUCUCAACGUGCAUAACUAAAUCAGGGUGGCAGGGAAUGAGACAUGAAGAUUUAGGUUUGGUACAGCACCUAGAUUUUGAAGAUGCUUUAUAAAUAAUUAUGUCAGUUGUCCAUAUAAAGCCUUCACCAUUCUCAUAUAUAGAUGGGGCAACGUGUCAGCAGGAGAGCCAACAACACCUAGACAAUGGUGUGUAAAUGAUUCCCGGACUACAGGGAAGGGACCUCUUGUGUGCUGCGAGAUGGUCAGAAGUGUGCCUUGGCAAAGUAAAUGGACUGUGGUGAAAGCA